CCCGGCCAUAAAAACGCGAGCGGCUCCGCCGGAGCCGGGCAAGUCUCGGAGCCUCGCAGCCGCCAGCUCAGCGCAGCCGCUGCCGGUGGCGCCAUGAGGGCCGUGCUCUGGGACCUGCUGCUGCUGUGCCUCUGCGCCCGCGCGCGCGGCGACUGCCGCGGCGACUGCCUGCACUGCGACCGCCAGCUCUACCGCGACAGCUUCGACGUCCUCAUCUGCAUCCUGGAGUGCGAAGGCCAAGCCGUGCCCAGGGCCACCUGGGAGCUGUGCGCGGCCACCGGCCGGGCGGCGCCGCGGCCCCGCCGCCUCUCGGCCCGAGCCUGGCCCUGGGGCGAAGCGGCGCCGGCCGACGCCCCGCGGGUCGCCGACGCCGAGCGCGCCGCGCCGGGCGCCUCGGAGGAGGAGGAGGAGGAGGAGGACAUUUCCCGGCGGCCGGGAGCGGGCCCGGCGGCCAAGGGGGUGCAGAAGAGGUACGGGGGCUUCAUCGGGGUGCGCAAGUCGGCGCGGAAGUGGAACAACCAGAAGAGGUUUAGCGAGUUCCUGAAGCAGUACCUGGGCAUGGCGCCGCGCUCCACGUUCCGGCACCCGCCUCCCAGCCCGGCACAGGCAAAAUUAAAUUCCUGCUCCUGCCCCGGCCGCUCGUCCUCUGCCGACCCCAAAGCGCUUCAGGCUCGAAAAAAAAUCUCCAAAAUCUCCAAAAGCUCCAAAAUCUCUUUCCUCGAAAAAAUCUCCAAAAUCGCCUUCGGCCGGCGCCGACGGUGGCGAGAAAGCGGCGCCCAACGUGGGGAAAGCGCGGUUCUGCCCGGAAAACGGGAGUUUUGCCCCCCAAAAAAAUGGGAUUUUUGGCCCAAAAAAAAAAAAAAAUCUUGCUGAUAAAAGGAGGAGGUUUUGCCCCCCAAAAAUGGGAUUUUUAGAGAAAAAAAAAAAAAAAAUUGGGGUUUUGGCAAAAAAAAAAAAAUUUGCCCCAGAAAUGGAAUUUUUUUGGAAAAAGAAAAGGAAUUUUGGCUGAAGGAAAAGGAGUUUUUGCAAAAAAAAAAGAGAAUUUUUGCUGAAAGAAAUGGAAUAUUUGCCGAAAAAAGAAAA